AUGGCAUCUAACAUGCCGCUCCCCGUGCCGCCGCGGACGCCCACUCCACCCCCGGAUGAUCCCCCAGGUGCUUCUGCCAUCCCAUCCCAAAACCUAGGUCGUGAUACUUUGUCGCCCUUGGUUGAAUCAUUCGCGCCGUCGCGAAAUCCGUCCAUCCCAGAAGAUCCUAGUCGUCUGAGCCCUACAAAGGCCUCGUUCAACCUCUCUGUGGAUGCUGCACAACCCAAUGACCAGAGCGACAAUGUCUCAUCCGGGCCGUUCAACUUCCAAACCACGUCAAUGGCCAAGAGCCCUGUCGUGAAGUCUAACAUUGGCCAGCGACGCGGUCACAAAUACAAGCACAGUAGUAUCUCACACCAGAUCUUCCUCGAACCUCCCCCUCGUGCGCCAUUAGCUUUGCCCAAUUCGCUGCCGAUACCGACGCUGAAAGAAUGCCGAUCUAGUAUGUCUGUGGAUCAAAAACGGAGGUUUUGGUGGAGUGUGUGCCAUAUGUUCGUCGCAGCCUACACUCUGUGGAGUGCCCAUGGGUCGUUGGCUAUGACAGCCUUAUCCCACUUGAUCCUCUUUGACUCGCUGGGUGCGUUGCUUUGUGUAGCGGUUGACGUGUUGGGAAAUUUCGAGGUCUGGAAGCGAUCAAGUAUUCGGCAUCCCUUUGGAUUAGAGCGAGCUGAGGUGUUGGCUGGGUUCGCGAUGUGUGUUCUUUUGCUGUUCAUGGGAUUGGAUCUCAUUUCCCACAAUCUUCAGCAUUUUCUUGAGUCUUCCGGCCAUGAGCCUCACCAUGAGCAUCCCCACGAGCGGGUCUCCCCAGGAAGUGUAGAUUUCACCGCACUUCUCGCUAUUUCGUCCACACUGAUUUCUGCCAUUGGCUUGCGGAACCAUGGUCGGAUCGGAAAAGCCAUGCGUUUUGGGUAUAUUGAGUCCCUGCCAUCAGUACUCAGCAACCCGUCUCAUUUCCUCACGCUAUCUUGCUCCGCGCUGCUUCUACUACUCCCUCUGGUCUCCAUUCAACUCUACACUUGGCUCGACGUCACAUUGUCUAGCACUAUUUCAAUCUGCAUGUGUGUUCUCGGAAUGCGUCUCGUCAAGACUUUAGGAUCUAUGCUGCUCAUGUCCUAUUCCGGCUCCGGAGUUUCCGAUGUCGUUCGGGAUAUUGAAGCCGACCCGUGCGUGUUCGCCGUCGACGACGCAAGGUUCUGGCAGGUUCAUUAUGGGCUAUGCAUGGCAAAUUUGAGGCUUCGUGUCACUGGUUCAGAGGAGAAUCUCAUACGACUGCGUGAACGGGUCUCCAGCCUAAUCAAGAAUCGACUUGGCGGGGGAUAUGGGGGCGGUGGCCAGAAAUGGGAAAUCUCAACACAAUUCACAAUAGAGAAUGCUUGA